CAAAGAUGGAAAAAAGGAAGGUUGCAAAAUAUGUGACCAAUUACUUCCUCCAAAACUACCGAUCCAUUACAAAGACUACCACUGCGACUUUACUUUGACUCUGGUGGCUGAAGAUGAUGGCAUUGUUGAAUUUGAGUUUAAAUCUACUGAUAAAGGAUAUUCUUGUCCUUUUUCUUGCAAAAACAACUUUGUUUCAAAGAACUCGCUAUUGAAACAUAUCAAUAGCAGUAAGACCUGUGAAAUUCCCAUCUACAAAAAACUGAGCACGCGUUCAAAAGAUAACCCACUUUUCCUGAGCUAAAUAAGUCAGUCAUGAAAUGCAGUACUCUAGUAGCAUAUGAAGAUUCGGUGAUUUCUUCAUUUGAAUUGACAGAAGAGAAAUAUUCUAUGGAAAAGAGGAUAGUGGGUAUUGUGAGUUCAUUGAAUCUGGAACCCUUUGGCAUAUACAAUGAAAAUGAUGGUGAAAUGUCAGCGCUGACCAGUAAAAACAAUAUUGAUAUCCUUAUUGAGAAAUAUCAUGGAGAAAAGGUGUUCAUCUCUAGGAAGAGACGGGACAUCGAAGAAAAGAAAGUCAUGAGACAAUUUUCAAAUGACAAUGGGUUCAGCUCGAGAAUUUUAAACGGUCCUUAUGCAAAGACACUUAGCAAGCGUCAUUACUUUGAGUUGACGAAGAAUAUUUGCACAUUGUUAAAUACCUGUUGGCUAUCCAGCCCAAACAUGAAGUAUUUUGCGGCAAAGGUCAUGGCAGGUGCUAUCUUAUAUAAUUUUGAAACUGGGCAAACACUUUUGAUUACAAGUCUCGAAAUGUAUGGAAGAACGCCUUCUGUUGAUCCACAUUUUGAAAAUCCACAAGUGUCAUUUCCUCCAAGCGAUAUAAAAUAUCAAAAUAUGUGGCCAAUGACAAACAAGACAAAUGAAGGAACAAAAUUAAUCAUUAGAACUAUGGAAUUCAACUAUCUCAUUACUGCCAGCAUUAGAGUGGAUUCAAUUCAUUUGCCAGAGGUGAGACCAUCAACAAAAUCUUUUCUUCUAAACUCUGUUGAAUCCUCUAAAAACACCCAGAUAUUUCUAGAUCGAAAUGUAUAUGAAGAGGCAAAGCUUCUCGGUGAAAAUCUUGAAUGUAGUAGAAUUGAAAUCUCGCAUUCCUUAUACCAAGUUAGACAGAUUCGAUCCAAGUUAACCGAAAUAGAAACUUACGAUAAAUUAAGAGCGACAUUUGACAUUUUAAAUAUAGUAACUGACCAGCCAGUAACCAUAUUUACCUUAUGUGACUUUCCAAAAGCAAUACCCUCAGAUGAUGGAGAGCCAUAUUAUAAUUACACCCUUGGUUCAAAGUUAUUUAUGAAAAUUGCAACUGAAAGAUUUAAUAAGAAAUACAAAGCUCAGCUUGAAAAGGAUAUUAUUGAAUCUAUUAUGCUUAAAUUCAAGGAUAAAUCAAAGAAGAUACCACAAAUCAUUGAAGAGAUAUUGGAUAUUUAUAAUGUUACAGGCGUUGAAAAAAUUCGUAUUUUAUACAACCAAGAAUUAAAUAGAGUGCUCGUAAAGUUAACGAAUGUGCUGGCACCUUCUAUUACAAAAGCGAAUAAGGAAAUUGUAAAGAAUAUAAAGAUUGCACUUAAACAGCAUUGAUAUGCAACGACUAACAUAUUAUGUUCUUGAAUCUGGCAAAAAAACAUCUAAUAAUUGCCAUUUAAUAUCGUUUCAUCUCACUUGUAAGGCAACACCGAUAAUAUCACCUUAUAAGCCUUUUAUUGUUUAUUUUAUCGAUUUCUCUCGUUUUUUA